CAGCCGUACGCCUGCGCAGUAGCAUCCAAGCGGUUGCUAGGAGAUCAGUGGCCCCUGUGAUGGCGCCGGAAUAAAUUCAAGAGGGCAGGAUGCCACACAAGAUUGGCUUCAUCGUUAUAAGUUCAUCAGGGCAUGAAGAUGGCUUCAGUGCGAAAGAGCUGAUGGUCCAUGCGCCAACCAUCAAUGGAUGGAGGUCACCAAGGUACUGCUCUGCCAGUAUCCCCAAGAGAUCAUCCUUCAGAUGGUGGAGCGAUGUAGAAUUCGAAAACUGCAGCUGCUGGCUCACCACUACAUGAUUUCCAGCAAAAUCGAGUUCUAUAUCAGCGACAACCUGCCUGAGUACUUUGCACCAUACAAGUCAGAGAGAUUCCGAAGGCUCGGUUAUGUGUCUCUCUCAGACAACGAGAAGACAAGCUACAAGGCCCGAGAACUGAAAUCUGUCUACAUGGAUGCAGUUGGCCAGUACCUUAAGUUGACUUUCCACAAAAGCUAUGUAAAUAGGUACAACUUGUACAGUCAGGUGGCUCUGGUAGCAAUAAACAUCAUUGGCGAAGCAGCAGACCACACCAAUAGCUUCAGCCAUACUUCAAGGGAGAAACUGAUUGACCAUUACCUUGGGAACAACCUGGAUGACUCAGCCUUUGAAGGAACAUACAUGGGGAAGUCGGAUUCCAUUUCGCCAUUGGACGAUCUGGCCUUUGCCAUGUACCAAGAUCCGGAGGUGGCUAGGAUGAUUCGCAAGCUGGAUGAGAAAAAAAUUGAAGCGGUGCGGCAUGAGCAUUUCGAUCACGCCAAGAAACUCAAGCAGGCGAUCGCAGACCUGCAGAAGGCUGGUGAGCGGCUGGGCCGCUACGAGGUGGAGAAGCGCUGUGCAGUUGAAAGGGAGGACUAUGAUCUUGCCAAGCACACAAAGCUGCAGAUGGAGGCGUACCGCUUGAAAGUUUACCAACAGCUGGACCUGCAUAAUCUCCUUGAUCGAGAUCUGACGAUCCGAAGGCCUGACUUCCCCCUGGAGCCUGUGGUUUAUCCUGCCAACUCUCCUCCGCAAAAGAAGACCAUGCUUUCCCCUCAGCAAGAUAAGGCAGAAGCAGAUAACCAAGAGCCUCUGCCUCCUGAAAAGCCACCAGAAGCCAUUUCUCCAGAGUCGCUCACUCAACAUUCCUUCUCUCCUCCUGUAGCCCAGGGACUCAUUUCACCUGAGGCAUUUCCAAAAAUAAGCGUUGAGUUCCUGCCUUAUGAUGAGAGGCCUCUUCCAGCUAUUCGCAAGCAGCAGGAGGAAGGGUACGCCACCUUUGAACCUGAGGCGAACGAGGAAGAUCCCGGCGACACACCGAGAAGCGGCAUCACCGGCGAGCCAGAACCCUUGACAGAGAAAGCACUGCGGGAGGCCGGGCCAGCCAUUGAAGUGUUUGGGGAAGCCUUGGUUGCUGGGGCCUAUUCCAAAACCUGGUCCUACCGCGAAGACGCAUUGCUUGCCAUAUACAAGAAGAUGAUGGAGAUGCCCACCAGUACGCCGAAGGAGGAUCUAAAGAAUUUGCUCAGGGCUGCCAUCUUCCUUGUAGUGAGAGCCAUCAAAGACAUCGUCUCCUCAGUUUUUCAGGCUUCCUUGAAGCUGCUGAAAAUGAUCAUCACUCAGUACAUCCCCAAGCAUAAACUCGGGAAGCAGGAGACAACUCACUGCGUGGAGAAGGUGCUCCCCAGCCUACUUUCCAGGACUGGAGACUCCUCGUCUCGUCUUCGUGUUGCUGCUGCCAACUUCAUCCAGGUAAUGGCACUCUGCACUGAAGUGAAGCCUCUUCAGAUUAUACCUGCUCAGCUGGUGCAGCCGCUGAAGUCCAAUUCCCCUACGCAUCUGGCGAUGAGCCAGGUGGACUUAGUGGAACGCUUGCUUAGAGAUCUUGGAACGGAUAACACUGGCUUUACCGUCGAUAAUGUCAUGAGGUUUGCAACAGCAACUCUGGAGCACCGGGUGUACGAAGUCCGAGAAACAGCCAUCCGGAUCAUCUUAGACAUGUACCGGCAGCACCAAGCCAUCGUCCUGGAUUACCUUCCUCCCGACGAUGCCAACACCCGCAAGAACGUUCUCUACAAGACACUGUUUGACGGGUUUGCAAAAAUAGAUGGCAGGCUCUCAGAGGGUGAAGUAAAGGCACAGAAAAAAGUGGCUGCGGAACAAUCAGAGAAACAAAAGAAAGAAGAAAUCAGAGCUUUGCAAGGUCAGCUGGCAGCAUUGAAGGAGAUGCAACACGACACUCCCAAGGAAAAAGAGAAUGAUAUCCCGAAGUCCAGUAACGAAGAAGACUCUACCAAAAAAGUCCCCUUGCCUGUAACAGCAGAGAUUCCGGAUGAUCAUUCCUCAGUUGCAAAUUACCUUGACAACCUCUGCAUCUUUUGCGGUGAAAGGGAUGAAUCCUUUACAGAGGAAGGUCUGGAUCUGCACUACUGGAAGCGCUGCCCCAUGUUAACGCGAUGCGAUCACUGCAAGCAGGUUGUCGAGAUUGCCAGCUUGACCGAGCACUUGCUCACGGAAUGCGACAAAAAGGACAACUUUGGCAAGUGUUCCCGUUGCUCUGAAGCCUUACCCAAGGAUGAGCUGCCCAGACACGUCAAGGGGAAAGCAUGCAACCCUGCCAAACCCGAGAAAGUGGCCAAUCACUGUCCGUUGUGCCAUGAAAAUUUUGCUCCAGGGGAGGAGGCCUGGAAGGUGCAUCUGAUGAGCAAAGACGGCUGCCGUAUGAACCUGAGGCGGGCGCCCUCCUUGAAUAAGAGCUUGCCAUCGCAAUCUAUUGCUGGCAAGCCUGCAACAACAGUGCUCAACAAAUCAGGGCCAGCCGGAACAAAGCUCCGCUCCCCCUUGGUCGGAAGCAAGAUCCCUACCCCACGAGGAGUCACGAGUAAAAACACUGGGAGAACUUACGCAAAGCGAUGAUGUGAUUUUUCUCCGGCUCCCUGUUACCCAGCUCUGAAAUUCUACUUGCGAGUGACAGCAACUUCCCCACGCUAACCCUCAAACAGUUGGCUCGCUCUAUUUAUGAUUGUUCGGCUAUGAUUGGCUGGUCCUCUCUGCCCCAAGGUUUGCAUCCAUCCAGGUGGCUGCUCACAGAUAGGAAGCUGUGGAUCGGAAACGCUCUGUUCCAAGGGCUUUGUGCCAGCAGGGCUGCCGUUGCCCCGUGCCAGCUGUGCCCCGGUUUUCAAGGUACCAAGUAACUUGCCGCCCUCCUUGCGUUGCCCGAGCAGGGAAGCGGAGGCAGGCUUUUGUCUUUCUCGAGCUGCGGGUUCAUCUUCUCUUAAGCAGCAGGCCUGUUGGUAAAAUAAUGUUCUAGCUGGGCUGCAUUUACCACACUCCUCCUGUCCUAAUUCAAACCAUUUUUCCUUGGCACUGUGAUUUGUAAUUGCGAUGCGUUCCCAAGGCACAGACCUUCCCCUGGGUCAAUAUGUCUGGUGCUGCUGUUUUGUCUACCUCCCCCUCUGCACUUCUUAAUGGCUCCUGCCAGCCUGUCACCUGAGGCUGGUGCUGUGCCCCACCUCACCUGGCAGCAAGGCCCUUUCUUCCCCCAUUGUAAAUUAGAUAUGCCGGAUGCACCUGGAUCUCAAAAAGCACAAACUCAACAAUCGGGGCCAUCACUUGCGGACUGCAUUUCUGUGCCCUCUUCCUCUCCACUGUGAAGAUCUGAUGUUUCCUUUUUCUUGGCUGUUUGUGCAGUUGGAUCUGCCCGGGAUCAGCCAAAGGAGUUAAAGAGUUUUGCAAUUCAGUUAAGAUCAGCCUCUAAACUCGACGCUGGCCAAUCCCAGGGUGCCGCUUUUGGCUGGGCUGUGCCAUUUUAGCCUUUCGGAGGGGUUAAGCCUUGAAUCCUUGCAAACAAAAGUAGUGCACCUACUGUUUUCCUCAGCAAUGAUAGCUUUGGUAUGUGCUAAGGGGGGGGGGGGCUUUUUAAUAUAUUUGGGAGGGCUCAAACAAUCCCUUCCCCACCCCUGCAAUUUGAGCUUGCGCUGCCCAACAAAAGCCACACCCAGAACUGCUCUGAUCAUAGAUUCCUGCUCUAAAAGAGGGCUAGAUAAGCCACCGUGGUUUACAAAACACAAGAAUCAAUCACGCCAUUCAGCAUAUUGGCUUUUAGACACAUAUCAGAGAAUCAGUUGUUUAAAACAUGACACCGAAGAGACAAUCCUGUCGCCCACAUUGUAUAGUCCGAGAAGCAGAAGAUGGGGCCGAGGAUGCGUCUCAGGCGCUCCUCACAUUCCUGCUUAAAAUGGAACUGGCUGCUUCCAAGGUCAGAUUUUUUGUUAUUGUUAAGUAGCCUUCUGGUCUCAAAAGCAUUUCCCAGCCGCUCUAGGGCUUCCUCUCACCUCAGAGCAUGUGGCUCAGUGGAUUCCGCUUGGAUACUUUUGGCUAUUAAAAAGAAAAGGCGUCUGUGCCAGCCAUCUUUAUGCAACUUGUUCACUAUUAAUGAGCACUUCAGUUGCUAAAGAAAAAUGCUGGGCAUGUUUGGCCUCCUGUUUACUUAGAACAUCAGCGAUGCUCAGUGGGCCUAGCCAGGGGCCGUAUGAAUUAAGCUCCUAACAUUCGCCCCAUAGCUCUUGGCGGUGCGCCAACGGCAAACAAUGCAGGGUUGCUUGAAAAUGAAACAUUUAGAAAAAUGGUGACUAAUUCUUGGGAAAGCCUGAACCAGCAGAGGACGCCAAUCAAGUUGUGAAAAGGUUAUCGUCAACCUGUCCGCUUUCUUUGAGAGAAUGAGCCAAGUGACAGUUUAAAUGAAACCUUGUUUUGUCUUGUGUCGAUGUAGAGAAAAGCACAAGGUCCACUCCUGCAGAAAACUAAAAAUAAGGAGGAAAAAUAGCAAAAAACUUACCAGUAGAAUGAGGAGAGAGAGAUAAUAAAUACUUCAAUAAUAUAGUUGUUUCUCAGGCAUUGCAGCAUUUUUAUUAUUAAAAUAUUCAUUUAUUAUGAAUAUGGAUUACUGAAUUUGUUACUCAAAUAUUUAUUCCUUCUCUCUUCAUUGCACUGGUAGCUUUUUGCUCCCCUCGCUUGUUUUUAGUCCUAUGAGUUGUGUUGCGGCCGCAGUGAUAAUUGGUAGACUUUUGUAUUACACAGACCGCUUCAGCAUACCAAACAGAGCACUGAUGAAGAAUAUGACUGCUUACUUGUCUGGCACUUGCUGCGCUUUCAGUAUACAGACUGUAGAUAUGGGGAGUUGUUCCUUCUUUUAUCCCGCGUGGGGCAUGCUCCUAGGCUGCCUUUUGCACAGUCAGGCUUAUGGCUGGGGCCCUGCUUUCUAGGCAACGGAAACACCUCUGGAGUUCCCCUGGACCUGAAGCAUAGGCUGUAUCAGGGCAUUCCAAAGCACCCUGACCUUGAGGGUGAUAUUAGAGAGAAGAGAAUCCUUGCUCUGCAGGGCCUUCUCAGUACAGCGGACCAGUUGCUGGAGGCAUGUAAAACAGAAGCUUAAUUUUAAAGGCAUGCUGUACCCCACACGCAGCACAAAAUGCUGCAAUUGUAACGGGUUGACUUACUAAACCUUUCUCGCCACUUUGGGCAUCUCGUGGUCUUCCUUUGUAGCCUUGAACUUUCCCUAUGGGUUUCUUGCCCCAGGAUCAGUGCUGUUGGGAAGUUAGUGGGGGGUGGGUCAUCCCUUUUGCUUCCCCACAGCAUGGCGGAGCAUUUCUGCGCCUCUCAGGUUUCCCCCCGCUUCCCUCCGAUCUUUCCCAAAUUUAACUCUGCUGCGGCAUCCCAGGAAAGACUGCAGCAAAACCGGGAUAACUGCUGAGUGGGCAGGAAAGUCCAGAAUGGCCACCGCAGAGACUGGGGCAGGGAAGAUGAGGGGAAGCUUCCCAACAGAAUGCCUUCUGGCUGCUGCUUUGCAUGGGGUUUCUGCAGAAAACAACCGCUGCUUGGAAAGCCCCCUCCUGGCAGUUCAGUGACAGCACCUUCCAAUGCAUUCAUCAUCAGGGACUGUUAACGGUAAUCGCGGUGCUCAUCCAAGAUGUGUUAGGCUUCAUCUCUUUAAUGGCAUAAAUAUUCCUCAUAAAAUAUAACAAUGUCAAAUAUUUCUCUGGAAA